UGCAUCUUCAUAAUCAGUCUAGAUCUAGGUGUGACCGGGAGUGUGGCCAUAAGCAUUAGGCUGGCUACGCGAGACUAAUAAGCAUGCCAUAAGCGCCAUUAGUCCUUUGUCGUCUAGUCAAUGGAAAGUGAAAGGAAAGAGAAUUACAAGACUUACUUUGGGAGAUAUUAUGUGCUUACGGCCAUAUCUCUACUCUCUGCUCAUCAGAACGUCUCUUGGGCGACUUUUGGUUCAAUAGCCAUAGAAGCGUGGCAAGCAUAUGGAUUAACUGCCAUUGAAGUGACUCUGUUACCAGCAUAUGGUUCUUUAGGCUUCAUCCUCUUCACUAUACCCUUUGUGUGGUGUCUGAAACGAUUUGGACUCCGAGUUGUCGGCGUCAGUGGCGCUUGGAUAUUAGCACUGGGUUGUACAAUGCGUGUCUUUGUUCCUUAUGCUCCAAAUGCUUCAGACUGGGUCUGGCUGAUACAUGUGGGGCACAUAUUGAUUGGAUAUGUAGGACUACCAGUCAUGAUACUCCCUCCUAAAAUUAGCUCCAUAUGGUUUUCUCCUAAAGAGAGAGUAUUUGCCACAGCUGUGGCCGUGACUUCUCAAAGUCUAGGAGUAGCAUUGGGCUUUAUAAUGAAUCCGUAUCUAACUCAAGAGUACAGCAUCAGGACUAUGCUGAUAGUGCAAGCAGAAAUGAGUCUAUUUAUUGCGAUAUUCUUCAGCAUUUAUUUCCCUCCUCACCCACCUACUCCUCCUAGUGUAUCAGCUAAAGAAGAACGAGUUGACUUUAUGAAAUCAUUAAAGGAGCUCCUACGUAACCAUUCCUACAUAGUCCUUGUACUAAGUGGAGGAAUUGUAAUGGGAGGAAGUUUUGGUUUCCAGUCUGUACUGUCUGUCAUUUUAAAUCCUUCCUCUGGAUUCAACGACAAAGUAAAGGUAGACUCUAUUUGGAGUUUUCUAAGGAGCACGUCUUGGAUGGGAGCUGUUUCAGCAAUUCUUGGAAGCAUCAGUGGUCAAAUAACUGGAUUAUUAGCAGACAGGUUUCAAAGGAAAUUCAAGGUUAUACUUCUUGUGCUGAUGAGUUUGACCACACUCUCUGUUUUAUGGUUUGCAUUGUCUAUAUAUGGCUGGGGCAGUAGCAAUCCUGUCAACUUGUUCAUUACUUAUUCUUUAUUUUAUACUUUCUCAUUUGCAUCUAUGCCAAUAUAUUACGAAGCAGCAGUGGAAGCAACUUAUCCAAUAUCUGAAGGCAUAAGUGGUGGAAUUCUGACAUUGUCUUGUAAUGCUGCAAUUCUCAUUUUCGCAGUAAUUGGUUUAGCUGGUGUAUUUUCUCUUGAUCACCCAGAAAGAGCUAAGGCAAUGACAUGGACAAUGACUGGCCUUUCAACCCUAUCACUAUUGAUUCUCCUUUUUUAUUUUGAGCAUUACAAAAGACUAAGUGUGGACACAGCAACAAAACAAAAAGAAAAUCAAAAUAAAUGCUUAAGUAAACUUUUACCAGAUAAUGAUGAAAAACAAUUAUUACUAAAUGACUAAAAAUAGACACUAAAUUGUUUCUUUUUAUCAUUAUUAUUAUUAUUAUUAAAAGUGAUAUCUGGGGUGCCCCAGCUGUAAUAA